AUGAAGGGUUCUGGAAUAGCUCUGAUUCGUAGAGCAAUAGCUGCUAAAUCUUCUCUUGAUCACUUCUCUUUCUUUUCUUCAAAUAUUCAUACGGAUAGACGAUUUUUGGCGAAGCCCAGAAUCAAUCUGAGUUGUGUAAAUGUAGUAGACGAUGCUGUUUUCUUGUUUCGUAAGAUGUUGAGAUUGCGGCCGAAGCCUUCAGCCGUUGAAUUCAAUAAACUACUGCAAGUUGUUGUCAAGAUGAGAGAAUUCAGGGCUGCCCUCUACGUGUUCGGCGAAAUGCGCCAAUGGGGUGCAUCUGUGGAUGAGUACACGAUGAACAUCUUGGUUAACUGUUGUUGCCUUUCGAAACGUGUAGACAUUGGUUUUGCUGUCUUUGGCAGCUUCUUUAAACACGGUUACGAGGCAGAUGUUACGACAUUCACCACUCUCUUAAAAGGUCUCUUUUUAGAUGGUAAUGUGGCCGAGGCAGAGAAAUUGUUCAAGAAGAUCUUGGCUUUGAAACUUUGUGAGCCGAAUGAUGUUACGAUUCUUACUGCGAUAGAUGGGCUCUGCAAAGCUGGACAUGUGCUUACUGCCCAUGAUUUGCUUCGGUUAUUGGAAAAGACUAUCUAUAAACCCGAUGUUAAGGCUUAUAGUGCAGUAAUUGAUGGCUUAUGCAAGGGCCGAAUGGUGGAUAAUGCACUCGAGUUGAAGUCUAGAAUGAUUGAUAAGGGCGUUUCACCGACCGUUGUCACAUAUAGCUCGAUGAUUCAGGGCUUGUGCGAUUUUGGUAGAUGGAAAGAGGUUAAAGACUUAUUGAAUGAAAUGGUCAAUCACAAGAUCUCGUUAGAUGUUGUUACUUUUAAUGUAUUGGUUGACGCAUUUUGCAAAGAAGGAAAUGUUAAAGAGGCUGAGGAUGUUUUGGAAAUUAUGAAGCAACAAAAUAUUUGUCCUAAUAUUUUCACUUACACUGCACUGAUAGAUGGAUAUUGUUUGCAAGGGAAAAUGGAUAAAGCGAAAGAGGUGUUUGAUUCCAUAACGCGCAACGGCCUUAAGCCAUGUAUUAGGAGUUACGGCACUCUAAUAAACGGAUACUGCAAGAAGGGAAAAGUUGAUGAAGCUCGGCGUCUUUUUCUGGAAGCUUCUUCCAUAGGCUUAGAGCACACGACAGUUACAUAUAGCAUCAUGAUACACGGAUUAUUUAGUGAAGGUAGAAAUGCUGAUGGAUGGAAACUUUAUAAGGAUAUGGAAGCUCGGCACGUACGUCCAGAUUUAUAUACUUGCAAUAUUUUGUUGGAUAGCUUGUGCAAGACACAACAGAUUGCUGACGCGUUUUUAUUUCUACGGGCGAUGGAAGACAAAGGGUUAAACCCUAAUAAUACAGUCACAUAUGGUAUCCUGAUUAACGGUUUGUGCAAAGAUGGUAAAAUUGAAGAGGCAAAAAAGCUUUUAAACGAACUUCCUUCCAAAGGGUUGAAACCUACGAACCGCAUAUAUUCUGUCAUUAUUCGUGCCCUUUGUGAAGAAGGGUUUCUAGACGAGGCAAAAGACUUGCUUAUAAAAAUGGAGAGAAGUUGCGCACCGGAUAGCAUGACAUACAACAUCAUUAUCCAUUGCUUGCUGAAGAAGAAAGAGGUUUACAAGGCAAUGCCAUUCUUAGAGGACAUGCACAAAAGGGGACUUUCAGCCGAUGCAGCUACUUCUUCCAUGUUAAUUAGUCUCUUGCAAGGAUCAAACGAAGAUGAUGUUCUUCUCGAAAUGAUUAAGAAAGUUGUACCGAAAAUAUAA